GUAGCCGUGUACGGCGUACGUACCGUAGGGUUAAUUGUAGGCCCUAUAGGCUAUACUUUAUGUUAAGCCAUUGCUCUGUUCAUUGUGUAACAUUUGCCCGCCAUAUUCUGUUACUUUAUUAGGGUUAAGGGUAAGAUGUGUAAAAGUAAAUUAAUGGACAGACAAAGCUAAAAUUCAGAAUGGAAUUGUAUCUUUAAUGGAAAUUAUAAUGCAUUGCCUGUCUGGCUUGUAUUUGAAAUUGUAGAUCAUAUAUACAGUCACAAUAAAAAGUUGAACUUGAAACUAAAGGAAGAUUAGGUUAGUGUAACUUUUAUCGUAGAGAGGUACAAUAUAAGUAUUAUAACUAAACUGGUGACUAUUCGCUGUGUGACAUUGUGAUUGGUAUUUGCGUUAGCUGUUUACGAUAAUAGCCUAACCGGGUGGUUGACCUUUGGAAUAGGAUGCCUUCAGAAUUUGUGGAUGCAGUAAAUUUAAAGUUUACUGAAUGGGACAGACUUGAUGAACCAACAGACUAACCAGAGGACCACUAGUAUGGAAUUCUACUAGAUUCAAAAUGAGGCAGAAAAUUGGCUAUUGCAUUACUAAGCCUCUCCUCCAUGGCAAGCAAACUAAGAAUGACAUGAAUGACAAUGCAGCAGUCAAAGAUUCAGAUGCCAUUCAAAGACCUGUGAAUGGUAUUGUGCAACCUCCUUUUAUGCCACCUCCAGAUAAACCUCACCGAAACACCAACCAAUUGCAAUUUCUUUUGAAAGUUGUAAUGAAGGCAGUGUGGAAACACCAGUUUGCUUGGCCAUUUCGUGAACCUGUUGAUACAAUCAAACUCAAGCUACCUGACUAUCACAAUAUUAUACACAGUCCUAUGGAUCUAGGAACAAUCAAGAAAAGGCUUGAAAGUUGCUGGUAUAAUUCUGCAAGUGAAUGUGUUGAUGAUUUCAAAACAAUGUUCACAAAUUGCUAUGUGUACAAUAAACCUGGUGAGGAUGUUGUACUUAUGGCUGAAGCAUUGGAAAAGCUUUUUCUGACAAAAUUAGCAGAAAUGCCCCAAGAGGAAACUGAAAUUUCAUUACCUGCCAGUAAAGGUUUUGGUGUCAGAGGAAAGGUGAAAAAAGGAAAUCGUGGCCCAAGAGGAAAAGUUCCUACAUCUACAACUGUCACAACAGCUACAAGUGUAUUACCCUUGACAACAAAUCAGACUCGGACAUCUUCUAUGGUUACUGUACCUAUCACCAGUGUGCCAAACACUCAGCCUUCCGUCCACUUUCAUGAUCAUUCAAAGCCACAGAAACCCCCAAAAUCAACAGUGGCACCAUCUACCAUUCCAGGUAGUAUCAACAUUCCCACAACCCUUUCAGUAACAAUCCAAGAACAAAUGGUGACAUCAAAAAUUAAAACAACUCAGAGCAGUUGCCGAGGGACUAUAGAUGAGACAAUUGCUUCUGUAGCAUCUUUGCCAGUUUCACCAGACGGCAUGGUUUCUCCAUUACCAAGCAAAGUUAAUCAUCACACAGUUGCAACUUCUGUUGCAACACCAUCAAAGGUUAAAAAAGGUGUAAAAAGAAAAGCAGAUACCACAACCCCAAUGAACACUGCACCAUUAGUGACCAGUCAUGUUUAUAAUUUACCCACCCAUCAGCCUCAACCUCCUAUGGAUAUAAAAACUUCAAAGAUCUCAACAAGAAAAGAAGGUGGACGUCCAAUUAAAAAAACAUCAAAAGAUCUUUCAGGUGGCCAGGCUCAUUCACAUACCAAGCCAAAGAAAGGGAAACAAUCAGAACAGAUGAAAUAUUGUCACAAUGUUUUGAAGGAUCUCUUUGUCAAAAAGCAUGAGGAAUAUGCCUGGCCCUUCUACAAACCUGUAAGUUCAGUGUUUCCUGGAUUAAAGGACUAUCAUGAUGUUAUAAAGCAUCCCAUGGAUUUAGAAACUGUAAAGCAAAAGUUUGAAUCCAGGGAGUACAAGUCACCGGAAGAAUUUGCUUCAGAUGUCAGAUUAAUUUUUACAAAUUGUUACAAGUACAAUCCACCUGACCAUGAUGUUGUAGCUAUGGCAAGAAAAUUGCAGGAUGUGUUUGAAAUGAGUUAUGCCAAGAUGCCAGAUGAAUCGACUGUAACAGAGCCUGUUGUGGCUACACAAAUUGCUAAAAAUGAAGAAUCCAGUAGUAGCAGCUCCAGUUCAUUAUCAUCUAGUAGCUCUGACAGUGAAAGCAAUAAUGGUGAAGAUGAAAGACAAAAAAAAAUUCAAGAGCUACAAGAGCAGUUGCUAUCAAUCACUGAACAGUUGAGCCAACUUGCAGCAGAAAGUAAAAGUAAAAAGAAGAAAAAAAGGAAAAAGAAAUCCCCAGAAGAAAAUUCACAAGAAGUAAAAGCUGUGGUAAAUGUUUCAGUCUCAGAACCAGCCACAAUUCUCCAGUCUAAUGCAGUGUCAGUGAACAGCACAAUGCCAGCCCCACCACCAUCUGUAAAAGAUACAUCUCAAAUGAAAACUCAAAAACAAAGUAAAAGUAAAAAUACAAAAGCACACACUCAAGGUAAAUCGGUAGGGCAGCCAAAAAGACAAAAGACAAACAAUAAAUCUUCAAAGAAAGGAAGUAAAAGUGCACCUAUUAUAUUUGACAGCGAAGAUGAAGACAAUGCAAAACCUAUGUCGUAUGAUGAAAAAAGACAGUUAAGUCUAGAUAUCAACAAACUACCAGGUGUUAAAUUAGACAGAGUGGUCCAUAUUAUUCAGUCCAGAGAACCUUCGUUACGAGAUUCUAAUCCUGAUGAGAUAGAAAUUGACUUUGAAACACUUAAGCCUUCAACGCUUCGUGAACUGGAAGCAUAUGUAGCUUCAUGUUUACGAAAAAAAACAAGGAAACCAUAUACAAAGAGCAAAACAACUGGCAAGUCUAAAGAAGAACAAGUGCAAGAAAAAAAGCAACUAGAGAAAAGAUUGCAGGAUGUUAGUGGUCAAUUAGUAUCCUCCAAGAAACCACCAAAGAAAGAUUCUGAGAAUUCUCAUGUUGAUGUAGUGAGUGGUUCAACACGUCUGAGUGGGAGCAGUAGCAGUUCAAGUGACAGUGACAGCUCAAGCAGCAGUAGCACAAGUACUUCAUCUGACAGCAGUGAUUCAGAGUCAGGCAUUCAGAAAAAGAAGAAAAAGAAAGCAACCAACAGAAAGAAGACUUUCACAUCAAAAACUAGAGAAAAAGUGGUUACAUAUUCAGUUUCCACCACUUCCUCAUCAGUGGUUACUACUGGUGUGCAUCUCACCACUACAGCCACAACUCCUUCCAACCAGCAGUCGUAUCAACAGAACAUUGGUGGAGGACAAGCUCUACACAGGUAUCAGCAACCUGCAGCUCCAGCUGUUCACCCUACUCAAUAUGCAGACCAUCCUUCUCAACUUCCAGUAUUGGGUGCAAUGUAUCCAAACAUAAAUCAACUAGCUGCCCUGCCCCAACCAAAUUCUCUUCCUCUAAGUAGAGCCCCCGUUGUUGCCAGUCACAGUUUGCCUCAACAACCCUCUAGACCUUCUGCUACAGCCACACCUGCCCCUGUAAGGAAAAACAUUGUUCCCACUACACCUCGCGCUUCAGCUACAAAUGAGGGAGUUCCCGUUACGACAACUCCACAGCAUGAUAAGUCAGCUUUGCAAAACAUGUCCACAUCGUCUGGAUCAUUUACACAAAGUACAAAUUAUAUUGAUUCUACUCCUCAAUCUCCUGUGCCUGUUGAAACGAAACCAGUUGUUCCUGAGGCACAAACUGUAGUUUCUCCUGUAGAAUCCACCAAUUUAAGUACAGGUAGUUCUCUCAGAAAAGAUGAUCUCUCAUCCUUGGACAUUACUCCUCCUCAACAUUUUCCUGAUGACUUUUUGGAGGAUGUAAUGGGAACAACUCUCCCAGUACCAGAAACUACAGAGGAUAAAAAGACUGAACUUAAACCUUUGCAGACCUCCACACCCGGACUGAAAAAGACUGAAUCAAAGUUAAAGAAUUUUGGUUCAUGGUCAAGUCUGGCACAGAAUGUAAGUAACAUCCCAAGUACUAGCCAUUGUGGAAACAAAAAGACAUCGGCUUUAGAUAGUUUUCAGCAUUUUAAGAAGCAGGCCAAAGAAAAACAGGACAGACAAAGACAACUGAAGGAGCAGCAAGAGAUCAGAAGGCAUCAGAAAGAACAAGAAGAAAAAGAGAGGCAGCGAAUAGAACGAGAGAGACAAAGGGAAAAAGAAGAAGAGGAGGCUUUGGAAAGGCUGCGAAAAGCUCGACAACAGGAGCAAACAGAAGAAAAGGCACAGCAAAAUGAUUCUCAACAGGCUAACAAUGAGCGAGAGAGGCAAAGACUACGAGAGCAAGAGAGGAGACGAAGAGAGGCUAUGGCGAGACAGAUUGAUAUGAAUAGGCAGAGUGACAUCAUGGCAACAUUUGAGGAGAACCUAUGAAUGACAGUAAUAAACAAAAGACUCGGGUUUCUGUGGAGUGACCUUUUGAAGAAAGAAAUAAUCUGAGAUCAUUAUCCUUUCUUAGUGUCCGAGAUAUUGCAAGAUUUUUUGUUUUAUAUAAACAAGAUUGGAAGUAAGAACCAAUUGAAAUCAGUGGUUGUUACUUUAAAAAUAUAGCAGUCUAGGAAAAAAUGAGAGCAGUCCACUAUUUAUAUGUAUUUGCAGCAUGUGACAUUGAUAAAAUUAUAUAUACCCAUAGACACUUGAUCCAAAUAUAACCAUUGGGUGUGCAUACAAGAGUGCUGAUAUCAGGCGCAGAGAUAUAAAACAUUUUAGGUUAUAUUAAAGUACUUGAGAAAUAAGAAUCUUGGCUUUUUGAUUAAAGUUUUUCUCUAAUUAAAGGUGUAAAGUAAUCGUAUGAGUUACACUCUGUGGAAUUUUAAUUUGAAAAGUAAAAAGGUUGUAGGCAUGUAACUUUUUUUUAAUGUUGUUUUUGGUUUAUUGAUAAAAAAUAUAUGCACAUUAAUGUUUAUAAUGCAUUUCAGUUAGGAUUUGAUCUGUGGUCAACUUGUGAUAACUAGUUUGUGGAUCAUACUUUUUUAAUGAUCUAUUCAGGAACUAAAUCAUCAGCUACAACAUAUGCAAGAAAUACAAUGUAAAUAUAUAUAAAGAACCUGUUAGAUGACAUUGAUUUAAAAACACAUCUGUUGAAUUAUUAAACUCAUAUUUAACAAUAAGUGAUUUCUAUACAAAUUAUCAGUAAUAGUCAUUCAUUCAUUUCUAGAUGUAACCUGAAAUUAUGUUGCAAAAAUAACUCCUGUGUGUUAGAUAUAGUGAACUUGUUUUAUGUCGUAUCCAAAAUAACCAUUUAUUUGAAACUGACAAAAGGGGCUUCUGUGUAUAUAAUAUCAUUUGUUGUAUGUGUGCAAAUAUGUACACAGAUCAAGGCAAAUAUCCAUGUGCUUUAUCACCAAAAGUUGCUGUGCAGGCUUAAAAAUAUCUCUUAUUCGUAGCUCUAAAAGGUUUGGAUUUUAUCAUAUCAAGACAUUUAAAAAAAAAGAAAGUUACAUAAACCUUCUUGAUAUUGUCUUUUAGUAAUAAUUACUAGUAUUAAUUGUUCACUGUUGUUUUUUUUAUAAACAGUUUGUUUUGUGUAAAGACGGUGUCAAUCACAUAUUAGUAUAGAUGUUUAAGAACAACAUGUAUAUAUAGCAUGAACCAGCAAAAUAAAAUUUCUAUGUACUGUGUAACAUUAUUAAUAGAAUUUAAGAGGUGUAAAUUCUGAAAUAUGAUGCUUCAUGUGAGUUUUGCAUCACACCACAGUACCGUUUAUAUAUGUAUAUAGUAACAAUAAUAAAACAGAAUGAAAAACCAUGUUUACAGAAAUCCUAUAUUGUAGUCGCAAGGAUUAAAUUAAUCAGUGAAGUGUGAAUACUGCCAUUGAAACAUCAUACAUUAAUAUAUCUUUGAAAAUAAUACCCAGAUUAAAUGUAAAAGAAUAUAGUUAGUGUAUGGAAUAUGCAUACCACUAUGGUUAAUUAUAUGGAAGGUUUUAUGCACUCUUUUGUUUCCUUCUCUUAACACUUUGGACUAUAGUGUUUUAAAUUUGGGAUUGCUGACAGAUAAUUGUAAAUAUGAGAGAUUUAGCGGUAGUUUGUGCUCACUUAGUUUAUGCAGUCACUUGAAAGCAUUCCAGACUCAAUAAUACAUUUUUAUUUAGUUAUUUGAAUGAAACAAUAAUUCAGUUACAGAACACCAUAAUAAGGUUGGUCUCCUUUUGACAUGCUCUGUCAUUUUAAGCUUUUUUCUUGUGUAAAUAUAGGUAUUUUUAAUUCAAAUAAUUGUAUUUCUGUGUUUACCCUUUAGAAUAGAGUAUGAUAUUUGUCACUUUUUCUAAAAAAUAAUAAAAAAAUGUGAGUUUGAUUAGCUGUAAACGUGGAUGUUUAUUACUUAAAAUAUGCAUGAACAAUCUUCCAUGGUGUUUUAUUUAACUGUGUUUUCUAGAUAUACCAUAUUUCAGUGUAAUAUAGUAGUUAGAAGAUCAGUAAAAAUAAAAAAGUUUUUGUUUCCUUGAUAUACCAUUUAUCAUUUUUGUUUUAGUAAUACCAGUUUUGUAGAAUGUUUAGUUAGGUAUGAUUGAUUAAUUGUUUUGUAUGUUAAACUAGGAAAACAGUGUGCACACUGAGUAAGUAUCACACAGAACAUGUUAUAAUGUUAAUGUUCUAUGGAGAAUCUAAGUAACAAGUGGUUUUUUGGUGUUUGAUUCAUCAUUAUUUUUCCAUUGUUGUAUAUCAAGUAGAUUUUUUCUUUGAUGCAUUUCAAAUGUUAUGUUCACACUUCUCUAAUAUGAAGUUCUUGAUUUGAAAAUGUGUGAGAAAAAAAAAGACAUCACAUCUUACAGCAGUAGUUAUAAGAGAUAUCGACUGUUGGUUUCCUUAAUUUAUUUGUAAAGGUGUAAAAAAAUGUGUUUGGACUUACUUGUAAAUACUUACUCAUCACUUAACUAAUCUUAAGAACAUGACAUUCAUGAAAGAAAGUUUGAUAUGAUUUCAGUACAUUGUUCUGAAAGUUUUUAGAUAUAAAAAGGAAUUCACAAAGGAAAUAUGAAAAUGUCUGACCUGUGUUUCUUUGCCUCUUUUACGAAUUUAUUGUUUCUUGAGUAUGGUAAGGAAUUGACAUACAUGGAAUAUCGUAUUCAUCAUAUUAAAGAACUUGGAUAUGUUA